AACUGAGCUGUAUCUACAAACUAGAAAGCAGUUUCACUCUGACCUAAGCUCCAUCUUAGAGGUUCACCAGUUCCAGAGAGAGGAAGCUCUAUACAAAUUCACAUCCAUGGGCAUUGGGGAUUACAUCUGUGUCACAAUCAGUGGUGGAGCACCCUGGGGAUUCAGACUGCAAGGUGGCAAGGAGCACAAGCUGCCAUUACAGAUUUCAAAGGUCCGGAAGAAGAGUAAGGCCUGCAGAGCUGGAUUAUGUGAGGGAGAUGAAAUGAUCUCAAUCAACGGUAAACCUUGUUCAGAAUUAACCCAUUCAGAAGCCAUGCAACUGAUUGAUGGGACAAGUGAAAAUCUACAAAUCCUGAUUAAAAGGCCUAUCAGUGAGAAAGCUGAUCAGCCAGAAUAUGAAGAUUAUGAAGGAACAAAGAGACAAGAAACAGUUGAAAGCAGGAUGCAAGUUAGUGACAGUAAAACAUCUUGCAAGCAUGGCCUUCCUUUUGAACUUUACAUCUCUGAGUCCCAGGAUGAGGCUUACUAUGGGGAGACUGAGAGUGAUACAGAUGUUACGGGCAAGAAAGAAGGAAACCAGAGACAGAAUGUCUCUAGCUUGCUUUUGAAAGAAUGUACCCCUUCUGGAGAAUCCCGGCAGGACCCUAAAUGGAAGGAGAAGAGAGGUGCCCAACAUACGGCCAUGGUGGAGCUCCAGUUGUCCCUGACUCAAGGAAAGCUUGGUGAUCCAGAGACAACUGCUGUUACCGUCAUUGGGGCCGAAAAAAUCCCUUCUGCAGCCAGAGAGCCAACCACACUGUAUGAGAGUAUCCAGAAAACUGAAUCAGCAGCAUCAGAAACUAAUGGAAAUGUUACAACCCAGACUGCCUCGGCUACUAUAUCACACCAGAACAGGAGUGACAAAAAGGUCAAGCUGGUCGAAAGUGAGCUGCAAGGAACAGAAGCGGAUUCAUAUCAGUCUCGGGUGGAGCUGUCUUUGGAUUCCUCGGACAGAGAGCACAGUGGAAGGGAGGCCUCCACGUCUGAAGUAGGUAGUGCAUGUGCUGACUCGUUGGCUGAAGACGGACAGUCAAAAACACGUAGCAACCCUCCUUUCUUGGUUGGGAUUUCAUCAGAGGGAACAGAGCCCGGAUCAGAAGGGACACGCUCUGGGAAGGAUUCUACAAGAACACACAAACACCGAGCUAGGCAAGCCAAAAUUCGACGGAGUGAAAGUCUGUCAGAAAAACAGGUUAAAGAAGCCAAGUCAAAGUGUAAAAGCAUUGCCUUGCUCCUGACAGCAACUCCUACCCCCAGCUCCAAGGGGGCGUUAAUGUUUAAGAAGCGUCGCCAGAGGGCAAAAAAGUAUACUUUAGUCAGCUACGGCACUGGGGAGUUUGAUCCUGACGACGAUCAAGAAGACUCCAUAGAAUUCGCUCUGGUACCAACCAGCGACUCAGAUCUUGACGAGGACUUUUGUGCUGAUGUCAACUCAGCUCAGGUUGUGACGUUUGACUGGGACACAGGUUUAGUGGAAGUUGAAAAGAAAGAGAAGACAGAGGACGAAAUGCAGAGAUUACCAGAGAGCAAGGGCAAAGGUGCGUUGUUGUUUGCCAAGAGGAAGCAAAGGAUUGAUCAAUUCACAGCUGAGCAAGAGGAAAUGAGGAGAACAGGAGCGAAUGAAGCUGCCUCCACUCACACUGUAGAGACUGAAAAUCUUUACCAAACAACAAAAAGCAGUUUAUAUGAUUCAUCAAACACAAUACAAAAUCACGCCACUGAAAAUUAUAUUGAUGUAAGUAAGUUGCAUGGAACUGAAAAUGUACGAGGAGGGAAAGCGAGAUCUGAAAUGGUGAUCCAGAACUCAAAGUCUGCUGAAACCAAUAGAGCAGGUGCAAUGAACAGAACAGCGAUACCAUUUCCUGGUGUGCAAAAUCGAGCUGCAGCUCCCUUCUCUCCUACAAGAAAUGUGGCGAAUUCCUUGUCAAAUGUGCCUCCCCCCCCACCCUAUUCUUCCAUUAGUCCACCACCUGACAAUAUCCAUCGCAUUGCAUCUCCUCCUUUGGCAUCCGUGGCUCAACCAGCCAAAUGGUCACCUAUGGGAAUUGCAGGAGAGCAGAUAGCCUCCAGAGAUGAGAGAAUCUGUGUACCAGCAAUAAAAACUGGCAUUUUACAAGAUGCAAGAAAACGGAACACUACAAAACCCAUGUUUACAUUUGUUGACCGUCCUAAGGUAGCUCCAAAUCCAGAACUCCUGUCAAUGGUCAAAGGUAAGACAGACCGACGUAGAGGAGUAGAUCAGCCUGGUGGAGGUUUUGAGUCAGGACCUGAAGAAGAUUAUCUUAGUUUAGGUGCAGAAGCAUCAAAUUUUUUACAGACACCAGCAGUAAAGCAGAAGAAACCACCUCCAGUUGCACCAAAGCCAUUUGUUAAGAGCCCUCCUACUGGGCCAAACCCAACAUUACCUCCGUUAUCACCUCCAGGAGUCACAAGUGCUCAAGCUCCAGUCCAUUCUUCUAAGAGCGCUAAGCAGAUGUCUGUAAAAUUGCAUUCAGUUCAACCUGUUAAUACAUGGUACCAGUCCCAAGGUUCUGCCAACCAGUUUGUAUCUUCAACUGGACCCCAAUCAGUAACAUCAACACAUUCAUAUCCUUCAAAAAUGCCACCCACAACUCCCAUAGCAAAUUCUGCACCUGCUGGAGGUAUGGGUCCAGCCUAUGAGAUGCCAGCUUUGAAAGGUAAAGGAGCACAGUUAUUUGCAAGGAGACAAUCUCGCAUGGAGAAAUACGUAGUAGAUUCAUCAACAGUCAAAGCCAGACAAGCACGGUCAUCAUCCCCCACCCCUUCCAUGCCAGCAUCUUGGAAGUAUUCAUCUAAUAUAAGAGCACCUCCCCCUUUGGCUUACAAUCCUAUUCAUUCUCCAUCUUAUCCUCCUGGCAUUUUGAAAGCACACGCACAAUCUGCAUCUUCAUCUAAGCCAAAUAAAGGUGCCAAAGUUAAAGGCACUAAAAAACCUCUCAAUGCUUUGGAUGUCAUGAAGCAUCAACCAUAUCAGCUUAAUUCAUCUUUGUUCACUUUUUCAUCCACUCCUGAUGCUAAGACACCUCUGUCCACAAGCUCAUCACUUUCUAAGCAGUCUAUAAAGUCUGAUCCUGUCCCACUUCAACCAGUUAAUGCUACAUAUCCUAUUUCUAAGAGUGUCUCAUCUGUGUCAACAGGACCAUCUUUCAAUCAAGCUAAUACAGCUUCUGCUGAUGAGGAGCAUAUCUAUUCUUCUGGAAAGAAUGUCUUUGUACCCCCAAGUUAUGCAUCAUAUCCAAAGCAAGAAUCAAGUGCUUUGUCGGUUGCCAUGGCACCAAGACCAAAGUUUUCAGCAAAGAAAGUGGGCGUUACAGCACAGGCGCAGUCAAAAGGUUUCCAACCUGUACAAGUACCAGAAAAACAAUCACAAUACAACUAUUCUCAUGGGCUUUCUGGAGCACAAGCAAUGAAACAGCCAGGAACCCCGUUAUCUGGAAGACCAGCAUCCCAGUCAGAGAAAAUUGCAAAGAAAAAACUGACCCCAUGGGAUGCUGCAUCACAGUCUGCUGUUGGUUCAGUAGAGGAAGCAUUUUCCAGAAGGAAUAUCCAGGAGUCAAUAGCAAAGAAUAUUGUGUCAGCAGCCCGCCGAAAGACAUUACCUGAGCCUCCAGAGGAAUGGAAGGCACGAGUAGCCUAUGUACCACCACUUCCAAGUGGUUAUUCAUCUAUUGCUGCUUUCCAGGUCAGAAGACCAUCGAGCAUAUCAUCCUCAGUCAAAACUACAGCAUCAAUUCCAACAUCUAUUAGCCAACAGAGUUCAAUGUAUAAACAGCCACUAAAUUAUCAGCAAUCACUGACUGAUUCAGAUCUAUCUACUGGGACAUGCUCUGAACAUGAAACUUCAGGAAAGCAGGUAGCUGAUCCAAAUUAUAACCCUUAUCCACGGGGCUGGAAGAAACAAAGAUGAAACCAUAAAAGAAAAGAAUCUUGACCUGUAAUUCGUCAAGCAUUUCCUCAUGUUGAAGAUUACUGCACCAUUUGCUUUGACCGGAAAAGUGAACUGGGUUUUUGAAGAGAACGUAUUAAAAAACAUGGUGUGUGAAACU